GAGGAAUAACCAGAGGAAUAGCCCUAUUUUUACACAAUGCUAUCAAGUGGAUGGACAGUAAACAAAACCCUUUUGUUGAUGAACUGAGAAGGAUUGAGAAGAUUUACUCUAGACUGGGGCUGCAUCUUGGAUCUUGGCUCUUUGAGAAAUGCCGGGGCUAACGAGGAACUGUGUUUUUUGGGUUGUGUCUGCCAUCCUUCUGACAGGAUACUUUGACACGGAUGCUUCACAUGGGGUUGCUAUGGAUAGAGGUUUGGUAGUGAAACACUUGAAAUCUCAAGACCACUCUGGGAUUUCAAGACAACUGGAGUCAGAUGAAGGUCUGGAGGCCUUGACCCACAAGACAUACAAAGGAAAGGGUGCUAUUUCUAGACGAAAGCGGAAUAUUCUUUUCCCCAGUGGAGUGAAGCUUUGUUCUCAAGAGACUGUAGACCAGGCGAUAGAAAACCAUCUGAAGUACUUUCACCAGCGAGUGUGUCAGGAGACGGUGUGGGAGGCGUUCAAGAUCUUCUGGGACCGUCUACCUGAGAGAGAUGAGUACCAGGCCUGGGUUAACUUAUGUCAGGAUGGAACUGUCAGCGUGAUGGAGAUUGGCAGCAACUUCAGCCGAUCAGAGGAGCAUGUCUCUCUUGUUAGGGCUAGAGUGGUGAUGACUGCUGCUUCGAAUAGCGAGCCCACAAGCUCAGGGUCCAAAAUGUGCAGUCCAACUGCGGCAACUCCACCAGAAUUGGCCACCACCCAAAAAGACAAUGAAGUCAUUGUCGUACAGACAGACACCUUCCCAACCUUGCGAGGAGAUGUUGACGUCAUUCCUGUCAUUACUGCAGAGCCAGUUGAGGAGGUCACAGAGAUGGUCCCGCCAGAAACUACUGACUCUGUAACUGAAGAUGCUGACAUCGACGUCACCUCAGAGACCGACGAGACAAUACAGGAGAUAGGAGAGGACGCCACUACCGAAGCUGCCUUUGACGUCAACUCCGAAACAGCAGUUGAAGUCAUUGCUGAGACUAGCGAUGAGGCUGUCCAGGAGGUUAAUAUGGCUGCUUUUGAGGAAACAUCCGAUGCUACCUCAGAUGACACUGUGGAGAUCACACCUGAACCUAUUGUCACUGUCAUCCACGAGCCCAUUAAUGAGGUAAUUGGGAAAAUGUAUGAGGAAUUAAUCUCAGAUACCACACACAAUACAGUGGAGGAGGCAGAAGAGGCCACUGCAGAGGUCCCACCAGAAGCUGCCAUUGUGAUCCCUAUAGAGGUCCCAUCAGAGGCUGCCGUUGAGAUCCCUGCAGAGGUCCCUUCAGAAGCUGCCAUCGAUAUGCCUGUUGGAUCCACAGACAAGGAUAUCCCAGAACCUGAAAUAACAUUUAUUCCAGAAACUUCUUUGGAGGACAUUUCUGAAACCACUUCUGAAGCGCCUACGGAGGCUGCCACAGAAAUCACUUCAGAUACCAUAGACAAGGAGAUCACAGAGGGUGCUACAGAAAUCACUUCAGACACCAUAGAUAAGGAGAUCACAGAGGGUACUACAGAAAUCACUUCAGACACCAUAGAUAAGGAGAUCACAGAGGGUGCUACAGAAAUCACUUCAGACACCAUAGAUAAGGAGAUCACAGAGGGUGCUACAGAAAUCACUUCAGACACCAUAGAUAAGGAGAUCACAGAGGGUGCUAUAGAAAUCAAUUCAGACACCAUAGAUAAGGAGAUCACAGAGGGUACUACAGAAAUCACUUCAGAUACCAUAGACAAGGAGAUCACAGAGGGUACUACAGAAAUCACUUCAGAUUUCAUAAACAAGGAGAUCACAGAGGGUACUACAGAAAUCACUUCAGACACCAUAGAUGAGGAGAUUAAAGAGGCUGCCAUAGAGGUCACUUCAGAUACCACAGAUGAGGAGAUCACAGAGGCUGCGGUAGAAGAAAAAAUCACUUUGGAGACCACUUCAGACAUUGCUACCAAAGCAACGUCAGAAGAUACUACAGAUGAGGAUAUUCCAGAGGAUGCAGCAGAAUUAACUCCAGACAUUUCUCCAGAGGACACUUCUGAGACUACAGAUGAUGAAGCUGCAGCAGAGUUGAUUCCAAAAGUUUCUCCAGAGGACACUUCAGAGCCUGAAGCUGCCAUGGAGAUCCCUUCAGAGGGUUCAGAUGGAGACGUUCAUGAGCCCCCUGUGGAGGUCACCUCAGAGGAUUCAGAUGGAGACGUUCAGGAGCUCCCUGUGGAGGUCACCUCAGAGGCUACCGUAAAUGUUGCCCCAGAAGACACUGAAGAGGAGACCCCUGAGAUUUUAGAGGAAGUUAUCUCAGACGCCACAACGCAUUUGAUUCUCGAGGCUACUGAGGAGAUCACUCCAGAGGCUGUACUAGAGGAUACUUUGGCCACUACUACUAAUGAAGUGGUAAUAGAGAUUGGUCCUGAGGAAGAAGUCACUCCAGAAACCUCAGUGAAUGCCGUUCCAGAGGAUGUAACAGGGAUCACUGAAGAAGCAACAAUAAAGACUGAAGUCACUCCUGAGGCUGAAGUAGAGAUGAAGGAAGUUACGGUGGAGGUCACCUCAGAAGCCACUUUGGAGGUCACUCCUGAGGUUGAAGUAGAGGUAACUCCAGAAUAUGUAGUGGAGGAACCUCCAGAGGCUGAGGAGAUUACAGAAGAAACUGCAGUAGAGGACAAUCCCGAGGUGGAGAUAGAGGUAACUCCAGAGUCUACUGAAGAAGUUCCUGAGGAAGCAGAAGAGGUCCCUUUGGAGACUGCAGUGGAAGAAACUCCAGAGGCUGUAGAAGAAAUCCCCCCAGAGACUGUAGAAGAAAUCCCCCCAGAGACUGUAGAGAUAACGCUGGAAGCUGCUGAAGAAGACUCAACAGAAACUGUAGAAGAAAUAGUUUCAGUGACUCCAGAAGAGAUAACACCAGAACCUUCAGACAAAGAAAUUCCAGAAACUUCAAAGGAGGAAAUUCCAGAACCAUCAGAGGAGGAAACUCCAGAGGCUUCGGAAGGGGUCCCAUCUGAGGCAGUAGACGAGAUCAUUCCAGAAGCUACAGAAGAGGCUUCCGAAGAGAUCAUUCUAGAGCCUUCAGAAGCUGCAGCAGAGAUAACCACAGAGGCUGCAGGUGAGUCCACUCCAGAGGCGACACAGGAGGCUGCUGUGGAGAUUACUCAUGAGGUCACCACAGAAACUGGAAUUUUGACGGACACAGAGGAGAACAAUAAUGGCGAUCGUUAUAGGGAUUCAGAGGAGAACAAUAAUGGUGGUCGUUAUAGGGUCACAGAAGAACCAGAAGAAACAAAUGAUGACUUCCUGGGGAUCCAAGAUAUCAUAACAGAGGUGGAAAACACGCUGGGCAAUGAGAUCGAGGACAUCAUGACGAGGCCGUCCACACCCAUGAAGGAGCAGGUGGUAGAACUCAGCAUCCAGCUGAAGGGAGAGAACUACAACGACGCCCUGAGAGACCCCUCUAGCUUCUACUACCAACGCGUGGCCAAACAUUUCACCCAUAAGAUUGAAGAUGCAUUUGAAACGUUACCAGGAUUAAAGAAGGUCUUUGUAGUUGAAUUCAAGCCUCAGAAGGACCUCCAAAUGGGUAUCUUGUCUGUGGUAGUCCACUACGCAGUGACUCUGGAAGUGGACGGGGCAGGCAUCAGUAACGAGACCAUGGACUACAUCAACCUCCAGUCCAACGUGGUGGAGAAGUCUUACCGUGACGCCGUUGAACGCCCCACUGUGGUCUACACCAUAACAGACUUCCGAAACUACAUCACUGAAGCCCUGCACAAGGAGAACUUCAUGAGCAACACAACUCUGGAUGUAGACCCCGACUCACUGCAGCAAGAGCAAGUUGAUAACUUGUUUCUGGGAGGGAGACCCACCACCAAACCAGAAGAGUCCAAUGACAUGAUGGACAAUGUUCUGGCUGCUGAGAAACCACCAGAUGCUCCUGGCCAAGACUUGGAUGUCAGCGACAUCUUCCUGAAGAAGGAUGAUUUCCUGUUUCCUGUGGACCCUUUGAAAGGCUCCGGGAGCGUUGUGGCCAGUGAAAAUGAUGUGUUCGUUCUGGAUGAAACCACCUUGCCACCCAGCACCACUGCUAUCCCUGCAGAGAAUAAUGGAAAUAUUGAAGAAGAGGGAUUUCUUCUCAGUAACACUCAGCAAGACUCUGAUACUCCCGAUGGGGAUGGUGUGGUCGGUGCUGGAGGCUCCUCUACCUCCUCCCCUUCACAACCACAGACCACAGAGGCCCCGGUCUCGGCACCUCCCAGAGUAAACCCAGAUUUGGAUGUUGGCUCUGGCUCCGGCUUCUCUGGGGAUGACCAAGGGGCUGACGUCGUCCCAUGGUUUCCCGUGACAACUGAGAAGACAGACUACAUAGAGGAGGAGGAGGAUUCUGUGGUGUGGGAGGUGCAUUUACCAGAUCCAGAAGUGGAACUGAAGGAGGAAGAGAAGAAGGAGGAGGAGAAGGGGGAAGAGAUCACCGAAUCUGUCCUGACUGAAUCUCCAGAGGACAUGGGUCCUUUUGAGUCCCAUCCAGAAUCUGCCCCAGUUGAAGAAGAGCCACAAUGGCCUUUCUUGGACAGACUGCCUGUGACCCAAGACAUUAGUACCCGACCUGACUACACGACCACAGCUGAAGCCCCUGUGUUCUGGACCGCAGAGACCCUGACCGUGGAGCUCUCCAUACAGACGCUGGAGGCCUCUGGGAUUUAUGACAAUUAUUACCCAAGCGAACCAUUCACCAUCAUAGCACCAGUCACUGAUUAUCCCAAUCCUCAGUUUUACACCACUGAGGCCCUGGUGUUGGAAGGGCCAGCAGCUGAGGCCCAUGGUUCUGUUGAGGAGCUGUCGGAGCCAACCAGUCCAAUAGAGGUUGAACUCCCCACAGUCACUGAGUCACCUACCUUCAUAGACAUGGAGCUGUUUACAGUCAAAGAGUCCAUCUUCGAUAUGAUCACCUCCGAACCACCAGAGAUCGAAGCCUUCACCGACAGACCUUUACUCUUGGUGCCCGAUCCUGAGGUUGAAGAUGGAGAGGUGGAGAUCUUGGAGGAACAGGGGGCGGAGGUCGCAGGGCCCUUGGCCACAGUACUCCCAGCCCUUGACAUCUCAGAGGAGGACCUAGCUGAAGAUCAAAUCUUUGUUGUGGCUGCAGGUACAGCAGCCCCGGAAGUCAUAGAGUCUCAUAGCAUCUUAUCCCCCGAGAAGGAAUCUCCCUUCUCUCGUAUAUCUGACUCUGUACCAGAAGAGGAGGAAGCCACACACCAUCCAGUCACCACAGAAAUAGCACCACAUGGUGACAUUGAAAUCUCUGAGACACCUGAAAUUGCCCCAACAAUCCUACCUCCAUUCUUCCAGCCCACAUUCAGACCCACAGAAAACCUGCUUGGGGCAGCAGAAGAGUCAGAUGUUAGCAUUGAAGAAGGAGAUGUUAGCAUGGCACUAGCAUCCCCUUCCCCAGCUCACGACACAUACGAACUAGAAGUCGGCACUUCAAUCCAAGCGGUUGGAGACUACGCACCAGACUCCCCCAUGUCGGAAAUUGACCUCACCUUCAACGUGUAUGACGGAACGAGUCACAUGGACGGGGACAGCAGCGGGUACUCCAGCAUCGCCCACGGAUCAGACGUGGGCAGCAUCGCCAUGGCGAAAAGCCCUGGCAAGGAUCUGAUGGUGUUCUUCAGCCUGAGGGUGACCAACAUGAUGUUCUCUGAGGAUCUCUUCAACAAGAGUUCCACAGAGUACAAAGCCCUGGAGCAGAGGUUCCUCGAACUGCUCGUCCCUUACCUGCAGUCCAACCUCAGCAACUUCCAGAACCUGGAGAUCCUGAAUUUCCGUAACGGCAGCAUUGUGGUGAACAGCAGGAUGAAGUUUGGGAAGCCCGUCUCUCGGGGGGUCACCAACACUGUCUACCUUAUCUUAGAGGACUUCGCUAACUCAGCCUUCCAAACCAUGAACCUCUCCAUAGACAAAUACUCACUGGAUGUGGAAUCAGGCAACCAGGCAAACCCCUGCAAGUUCCAAGCGUGUAAUGAGUAUUCGAUGUGCACGGUGAACCGCUGGUCCGGGGAGGCGGAGUGUGUGUGUGACGCGGGUUACUUCAGCGUGGAUGGACUGCCGUGCCAGAGUAUCUGUGACCUGCAGGAGGACUUCUGUCUCAACGAUGGGAAGUGUGAUGUCAUUCCCGGCAAGGGAGCCAUCUGCAGAUGUCGUGUAGGAGAGAAUUGGUGGUACCGCGGGGAACACUGUGAGGAGUAUGUGUCAGAACCUCUGGUGGUGGGCAUCGCCAUAGCGUCGGUGGCUGGCUUCCUAUUGGUGGCCUCUGGGGCAAUCUUCUUCCUGGCCAGGACUCUGAGGGACGGUUAUGACAAGGAGGAUUCAGAGGAUCCUCUACGAGAUCGGGACAGUGUGCCAUCCUUAGAGAGAGCCACCAAGUUCAACCCCAUGUAUGAGAGUGAUGUGGCCACGGCAGAGUACUACAGACGGUACGAAGACGACGUGCCGCACCACAGUACGGGCAGCGCAGACCCCUCUGUGGACUUCUGCAGUGACGAGAUACUCCAAAUCUACGACAACUCCGAGCUCACCAGAGAGCAAAUUCAGGACCGCCUAAGGAUAAUUGAGCUGUGUGCCAAAGACCGUCAGUUUGCAGACUUUGUACGGCAGCAUCAAGUAGCGCUGGACAGAAGAGCGAGCUCUGAAACAUAGGAAUGCUGGAGAGCCAGCUGAUCACUGUGAACCUCAAGAAACAUGCCUUUGUCUUUGACUUGAGAAAGAGGAAAGUGUCUUCUGUUGCCAUGGUGCUUCUGAUGGACUCUGCAGGAUGACCAGAUGAAGAGGAUGUAUAUUUAAAAGAACAUCUUCUCUAUGAGGCGUGAUGUGUUGUGCUGUUGCAACGUGUCACUGACUCUGUUUCUAUGAUCUUUUUCUAAAGGGGGAGUGCACCGUAAAUACUUUGAUUUUUGUUGUUUCAGUUUUUUCUUCGGUUAUCACAGCCAUCACCUUAUCCUAUGAGCUAGCCUCCUGCUCAGCUAGCCAUCUAACAUCUAGAUACAGUUACUGUCAAAAAGGUUUGCUGCAUUUGCACCUCUUACUUGCACAAAUCUGUGAACAAACAACAAACAGACUUCAAUAGUUGUGUCCUUAGUUAGUUUGGACGUGUGGGUCCCUUCCUGCUCUGUUCUCCCUAAUCAUGGUCUUCUUCAGUGCCUUCACUUGGUUUCAGUUAGCAUUGUGGGGUGUUGUGUCCUGAAACGUAAAGCGGCUGCUGGCAGGACCCUUGAAGUUCACUGGAUGUCACUGGAAGGCUACUGUCCUGCAUGGAAACUAACUACUGGUUUAAUCUAUUUCAACCCUCAAAUUCAAUGUGAUGAAGUUGAACUGUUUGGAGUAGAAAAGAGAAAGAACCUAAAUCCAAUGACUUGGUGACAUUUUUUGUUGAUUCCACAUUGAAUUCACGUUAGUUGACAACUCAACCAAAUGCAAAUCAAAACUAUAUGUAGAACUGACAUCUGUGCCCAGUGGGUACUGACUGGAUGGCACAGGCUAACGCUAUAUAGCCUCCACUGAAAUGAUCAAAUAUCCUGGUUGCUGUACUUACUUGAACAUGAUUUUUGCAAAAAGUUGUAGAUAAUCAAUUGUGUAGACAUAAAUUCAUUGUGUAUUUAACUGUUGGAAUGAAUAUAGAUUGAUAUACUGGAAUUGUGAUUGUUAAUAACCCCUUUUGGUCAUAGCCAAUAGCCCAUGAAAACAUGUUUCUCUGAGUUUUCUCAUUUCUCAAAUCUGAUAUCUGCUGCUUUGGGUUAGUCCACGUAUCCAUGACGAUCCCAAGCAACCAUGACGAUCCCAAGCCUUUGUAUAUAUCAGGAGUUGACUGUAUUCAUCCACAUGUUUUGAUGAACCAAAUGUCCUCGACCCAUUGAAAAAGGGGUUAAAUGUGUACGUUGUCUCUGUUGAUGUGUUUUCUAUGUUUUCUCAUAGUUCAGAGACUAACAAGACAAUGGGGUUAUGAUCUGUGUUGUGUAUGUUAGACUUACUGGUUGAAAGCCAACAGACACUUUUUGUAAUAAAAUGGCAAUAUUUUUUACAAUA